GGGGUGGCGAGCUUCAUUGUGUCGCGGUCGGAGUGUAUCAUACACAGACUGUAGCAGUGUUACACAUCGGCAUUAGUGUUCGCGCGGAACUCGUCGCGGGCGGACGUACGGUCAUGCGAGAAGCGGCAACGGGCAGGAUGGCCGAACUCGAGUUCGAAGCGCCGCUCGCGCAAAUCGAAGAUGCCGACGACUGUCUGUCCACGGCGGACUACCCGCAAAAAACCAUCAACGGGAACGACAUCCACAUAAACAACAUCAAAAACUUAAGUGAAAUUAUCAAAAUGAAAACCGACUCCAACAAAAUAAACGAUAACGACGAACCUAAACCGGUGAAGUGCAAAGACAAUAUGCAAAACGGGGAAGGUGACAAUUUCACGGAGACUUUCUCCGGGUCCCUCGAAGAUCUGGUGAAUACGUUCGAUGAGAAGAUCACGAAGUGCUUCGGGAACUAUGAGGAGAGCGUCGAGAAGUUAGCGCCGGUGCAAGUUCGCUCACAAGAAGAAAUAAUGAACGAAUGCCAAAUGUGGUGGACGAUCACGGGUAACUUCGGUAACAUCCUACCGAUAGACUGGACCAAGUCUUUCUCGAGGAAGAUGCACAUUCCCACAUUAAAUUUAAGUGACAAAAAGGGUUCAAUGACCCCAGACGACGAGAUCCACAGCUCAGAAGACGAGGCCGUGGCCUCAGACCUGGACAUGCACGCACUCAUCCUAGGAGGCUUGCAUCAGGACCACGAGUGCCCCGUCAAGACUGCUGAUGAAGUAAUACAAGAAAUUGAUGACAUGAUGCAGGAGACUCCCUCUUCCGAAGGCGACGUGCUGGAGUACAACGAGGCUCUGGAGAAGGGGAAGGAAGUCCUCAGCUCACCGCUUUAUGAAGACAAACUCCGACAACUCUCCCUAACCCAGCUGAACGAGACCUACAUGGAGCUCGAAGUCCUCAUUCGGGAGUUCUCCGAAACCCUCAUAGCGGAACUGGCACUCCGAGACGAGCUGGAGUAUGAGAAGGAACUCAAGAAUACCUUCAUUUCCCUGCUGCUGGCUGUGCAGAAUAAAAGGCGGCAGUACCAUACUGAGAAGAAGAAGAGAGGACCACCACGGUCGCCGAACCUGAACAAUUCUGGAUCAGAGUCAAAGUACUUGACCACCGUGAUACCGUUCCAUCUGGAAAAUGGCCCUCCUGACAACCAGACGCUGCAAGUUCUCAUUAAAAUUCUAAAGGCUAUCAACGAAGACAGCCCCACCGUGCCGACGCUACUAACGGACUAUAUACUCAAAGUGCUUUGUCCGACCUAAGCCAUAGUCUAGCUAAUUCUUCCUACAUCCGAUCACUUCACUCACACAUCGACACCUAAAUGCCUUGUGUUAAUGCCACAUCACACUCGCGUCUCCCAAGCGUCGGUGUCUAGUCAACUUAGGAUGUUAUUCGACGCAAUGUUAGCGACGUUAUUUUCCAUAGCGCCGACGUUCCAAAGACGCUAGUGUGGGGUGGCCCUUAAGAUUACUGCAGAUGGCGCUACACAGUUAAAUAUAUUUCUUACAAAUAUAAUAUUCCGGUACUUUUGUAAGGAAAGGCGUAUGUGUGUAUGUGUUACAAUACUUACAAUCAAUUUUGCUAUGGGACCAAACAUGAUUUACCUUUGACACUUAUUCACUGGUCCCAUAAGUAAAAUCGUUUAUUUUCACCUAGAAUUCCUAAAUCAUUCGUUUCUAAAGGGCCUUUGCAUCAAAAUUCGUUCCAUGGUCAACUGUUAAAAGACUUGCAUAAUAUUUCCCUAACGAACUAUUCUUGAAAACAUCUGCAGGUUUUGAUGAAAAUUCAGAGGAGAUGGGAGCUUUUCCAAAAACUAAGCAAAUGUCUGAUCUAGAUACUUUUUUUCAAAUUGAAUUCUCGCGCCAUCUGAGCCUGAUUGAUUUUUUUAACAGGUUGCCACGGAGAUAUCUAUAUUAGAGUUACGAAAAAUGUAAGUUUUUACUAAAAUGGCGGAGUAAAAAGCAGCCAAUCUAAAUCAGCGUAGUAAUUCGCAGAGGCUUAUUAUUUACCUAAAAUAAAAAAAAAUAGAAAAUUCUAGUCUUAAGGGCCCAGUAUGCACGAAAGCAUUUUAUUUCAAUUAUGUUUAUCAGCCAACUACACUAUCUUGAUAAUAAGCAUUUAUAUGAUUUAAAUGGCAAGUCAUUAUUAUAUUAC